CUAGCAAUCCCUUUUUCUACAAACAUGACCAUGCCUUUACUGUUCUUUGCAAUAUUUUAUUAGCCGAAAGUUUGCCAAAUUAUUUGGCCACUAAUUCAACAUCCCAUUCACUUACGAGGAAACUUCCUCGUCAAUGAGUGUGGAGUGCCUGGUGGCUAAUGGGAACCUUCCUCUUCAUAUAUAUGUCCCUCUCAGAAUCUGCAUAUAAUUGUCCAUGGCCUUGCAUAUGCUUGCCCUGCAUCCAUUCAUUGCAAGAACCAAGAAACAGAGAGUUUCUCUAGAUGGAUGCUUUCCGAGAUUCUUCUUCCUCCUCUUACCGGUGUUCCUAUCAUGCCUUCUUGAGUUUCAGAGGCCAGGACACGCGCAAGGGCUUUACUGAUCACCUCUAUAGAGCCUUGGAGCUAGCAGGAAUCCAUACGUUUAGAGAUGAUGAUGAAAUCAAGAGAGGGGAGAAUAUUGAGUCGGAGUUAGACAAGGCGAUACAGGAGUCACAAGUAUCGAUAAUUGUCUUCUCCAAGGACUACGCUUCCUCAAGGUGGUGUUUGAACGAACUUCUGAAGAUCGUGGAACGUAGAAAUACUGAUCGUAGACAUGUGGUUUUGCCAGUUUUCUAUGAUGUGGAUCCAUCCGAUGUCAGGAAGCAGAGAGGUUCUUUUGCUGAAGCAUUUGCCACACAUGAGGAGCGAUUCAGUACGGAGAUGGACAAGGUGGAGCAGUGGAGAAGAGCUCUUGGAGAUGUUGCAUCUUUGGCAGGCAUGGUUUUAGGAGAUCGGUAUGAGGGGCAGUUCAUCCAAGAUAUUGUUGAAGAGAUUAGAAAUAAACUGAAUCCCGCAGCUUUAGACGUCGCUCCCUUUUCAAUUGGAAUGGAUCAUCGUGUGCAACGCCUAAACAUGUGGUUACAAGAUGGAUCAAAUGAUGUUGGUGUAGCUGUCAUCUGUGGGAUGGGUGGAAUUGGCAAGAGCACUAUCGCAAAAGCCGCUUAUAACCACAACUUUCGUAGAUUUCAAGGUAGCAGCUUUCUUGCAGAUAUACGAGAAUCUUCAGAACAACCCAGUGGUUUUGUUGGCUUGCAAAGAAAACUUCUUUCAGAUAUCCAAAAGGGGAAAGCAAAGAAAGUAUACAAUAUGGACGAAGGAAGAAGCAGGAUCAAACAAGCCGUAGGCUAUAAAAAAGUUCUUAUUGUUCUUGAUGAUGUGAGCAACCGAGAUCAACUCAAUGCAAUUCUUGGAAUGCGAGAGUGGCUUCAUCCAGGAAGUAAAAUUAUCAUAACAACUCGACAUGAACAUUUGUUAAAUGCUCAUGAAGUUUUUGAAAAGUUUAUGGUUCAAGAACUGGAUGAGGAUAAAUCACUUGAGCUUUUCAGUUGGCAUGCCUUCAGACAAUCCCAUCCAGAAGAAGGUUACAUGGAGCUUUCAAGACAUGUGGUACAGCACUGUGGAGGGCUUCCAUUAGCUCUUGAAGUUCUGGGAUCUUCUCUAUCCGGAAAAAGUGUAGAAGUAUGGCAAAGUGCAUUGCAGAAGUUAGACGUGAUCCCUAAUGACAAAAUUCAAAAAGUUCUGAGGAUAAGUUUUGAUUCUUUACAAGAUGAUCAUGACAAAAAUUUAUUCCUUCACAUAGCCAGUUUCUUCACAGGAAAGAAGAUGGAUUAUACGAGUACAGUGUUGGACAGCUUAGAGUUUUACACAAGGAUUGGGAUUGAAAAUCUAGUUGACAGAUGCCUAGUGAAAAAUCAAUGGAUGAACAGGUUGUUCAUGCAUCAAUUGGUGAGAAACAUGGCAAUGGAAAUUAUUCGUGAGGAAUCACCUGAUGACCCCGGAAAACGUAGUAGAGUGUUGCAGAAAGAUGCCUCUAAUAUUUUGAGAAAAUUAAGUCAGGGUACGGAAAAUGUUAAGGGCCUCAUGCUCAACCUUGCUUGCAAAAGAACGUUAAUUGGAAGUGAUAAACAACGCUGCCAUGUUGAAGAUUAUGAUGAAAAUUCUUCAAGACGAAGUGGGCUUGGUUUCUUCUCUUGGAAACCAACUAGCUUUUCAUCCACAAACUCAGCUUCUGCAUCAAAUGAGAUAGAUUUCGAAGCUGAGGCGUUUAGAAGGAUGCACAAUCUUGUACUUCUCAUGCUCAACAACGUCAACGUCUGGGGAAGCUACGAAGAAUUUCCAAAAAGUUUAAUAUGUUUAUCUUGGAGAGGAUUCCACUUAAAAUCAGUACCAGAAAAUUUUUAUUUGGAAAACCUGGUUGUUCUUGACAUGCGAAAAAGUAGCCUACAACAUGUUUGGAAUGGGAUCAGGUCUCUUCCGAGGCUGAAAAUUCUUGAUCUCAGUCAUUCGCAUGGCCUUAGGACAACCUCCAACUUCUCAGGACUCCCUAACCUUGAGAGAUUGAUUCUUAAACAUUGCAUAAAUUUGGUUGAGGUUGAUGAGUCCAUCGGAUACCUAGAGAAACUUGUUUUGAAUCUAGGAGGCUGCAAAAAUCUCAUGAAGCUUCCAAUAUUGAGAUCUGUGCGGGAUCUUGAUCUUUCUGGUUGCUCAAAGCUUGUGCUUGGUGCCAAUACGACUGCCACAACUGAUCACUUACCUAAAUCAUGGUAUUCAAUCUGGUCGUGGGUGUCGCUGAGAAAAAAUAUUGAAUCAAGCAGUUUCUCAUUGGCAAGUUUACCGCAUUCCUUAACAAGUUUACGUCUGGAUCGCUGCAAUCUAUCAGAGAUUCCGAGUGCCCUUACUAUGCUGCCUUCGUUAGAGUACUUGGAUCUGAAUAACAAUCCAAUUACAAGCCUACCAGAGAGCAUGAACAAUCUUGUUAAGCUUCGCACUCUUGCAGUAGAAGGUUGCAGAAACCUCACAAUGCUUCCAGAGCUCCCACAUGGUUUGAAACAAUUGAAUGGUAGAGGUUGCACAUCAUUGAAAAGAAUAACAAAUUUACCGAACUUGCACAUAUCACCGCCCACACAUUCCUUACCUGACGUGUAACAACCCGUCCCGGGAUUUA